AUGAAAUUCGACUCCAAAGAGUUGAGUAUAGUGAUCAGUGCACUGGUGAUACAACUGGUCGUACCCUCGGUUUUCCCCAAUCUUCACAAGAUUCUGGAUAACUCUGUCCUGUUCGCUGCACCCGUCAACUCUUUCAGAAGCUUGAAAGAGGGAAUAUUUUUGUUACGAAAUGGACUGAAUCCAUAUUCGGGUACGAUAAUCCACCACCCGCCAAUUCUGGUUUCUCUGUUCACCGUCAUCAACGAGAACGAGCUUGUGACCAAUCUAAUAUAUGCCCUGGCGGAUUUGGUCACGGCAUUGAACUUGAUACGAAUCAAUGAAUGGUUCAUGAAGCAGGAAGUUGAGGCCUCGAACGAAAAAGGUGAGAAGAUACAGACAAAACAAGAAUAUUUCGCCAAUUGGAUUGUGUAUGCCUGGUACUUUUUCAAUCCACUGGGAAUAACCUCCAUAUUCUCCAGGUCUACUACGGUUUUCACGAACAUGUUUAUCAUGAUAACCCUGAAAUCACUGUGCUACCAGGAAUUAAGCGUAGCAGUGAUGUCGCUAUCAGUGGCUACCUAUCUAUCGUAUCACCCAUGGUACUACAUCCUUCCGGUUGUCUGUUACAUUAUAAAAAGCAAACCUGAGGAACACCCUUGGAAGAUUGUGGUGAAGGCAGUUGGGCUCUUUGUAUCCGGGUUGUUUGGGUUGCUGUAUCUUAGUUUCCAACUGACAGGCUCAUGGCAGUUUCUCACCAACUACGAGACCAUCGUCAUGUUCCACAAAAUCACACCGAAUUUGGGCCUAUGGUGGUAUUUCUUCACGGAAAUCUUUCAGUUCUUUAACAAUUUCUUUGUUGGAGUCUUCAACCUCUACACUUUCAUAUUCAUUGUGCCGUUCACCCUACGGUUUGGCAAGACCAAGCGAGAUUUGAUGUUCGCUUUAUGGGUCAGCAUUGGAUUCGUGAAUUUUGCCAAGGCGUAUCCAACAAUAAGCGACUUGAGUCUGUUCCAUUGUUUGGUACUGGAGUGGAAGCCACUAUUCAAGAACCUAAGGAUAAACCCGGUAAUCAGCUAUAUGCUGACAUAUGUUCUUCUGGCCUUGCUUCCAGUGUUUUACUAUGUGUGGAUGGAGCUCAACAGCGGUAACUCGAACUUUUUCUACGCCAUUGGUUUGGUGUUUUCAACGGUUGAGGCUGUAUUUUUAAGCGACUUCAUUUGGAGUAAGUUAUGCGAGGAAUAUGGAGGGGCGCGCCGUGAUCUGACCCAAAUAUAG